CUGCGUGUUUCUGCUCCUCUUUUUCUUCUCUCGACAGGCCCCCCCCAAGCCCUCGAGCCACCAACUCAUUUCUUGAGAAAUUGGUGACCAAGCUUGGGAUUUUCUCCUUCUUUUCUUGAUAAGUAACAAGAUUUGGGACUUAGAACACUUUCCAAAACCCAGAAAUUUUCCAGAUCUGCACUGUUUUCUUCUUCUUGUCUGCCGGAUGCUAUGUGGGUGUGAGAUUUUUGGGUUUUUUCUGAGCCAUGAGCAUCCCCCUCUGCAAUUCCGUCAGCCCCUAUGCUUGCCUGGUGCGGGUUUUGCUGGCUGGAAAAAAAAAAAAAAAGGAAUUCUGGUAUGUGCUAGCUUCUCCAAGGCUGAAUUUUACUCAUUUAGUAGUUGAAAUUUAUACAUGUAGCUACUGCCUUCUUGCCCGAAUUUUCUGUCGAAACAAGGGAAGAAUUGGCAGUAAAUUAAAUGUGUUUUAAGCUUGAUUAUGUAGAAUUUAGCUUGAUUUGGCUGCUAUGAUUUCUGGAGAGAAAUCCCGUGUGUGAGUGGUUUUGCCAAGCCAUUUUCUCCAUUUUUCUAUCCCGAGAGUUGGAAGCCAUAUGCAUGGGUGUUGUAUGUAUAUAUAUAUAUAUGUAAUUGUGUAUAUAUAUACACAAUCCAGUUGUGAUGCCCAAUUUUGAAGAAAAUAAAUAAAUAAGUUCUGGAUCCUUCGAUCACUUUAGUGCGUGGAUUGAGUCUUCGGUUUUAUGCGAGUGAAGUAAGUAAAUUAUGGUAAAGCCCUUUGAUUUUAAAGCAUGUUUUAAAUUGUUUUUGAGAUGGUGGCAAGGUUUAAAUUGAUUUUAUCAGCAUUUGAGUGUGAUUAAACUGAAAUGAAAAUUGUGAUGAUUUUUAUGAAAAUUAUUAUUUUUUGGAAUUGAGCAUGAUUGGAAUGAAAAUGAGAAUUUCAUUGUUUUUCUGGAGUAAAGCAUGCCUACUUGGAAUUUACUAAACUGCUCUGAUGAUUUGAAAAAUUUUAUUUUUCUGGAAAUCCUGCAUGGUUUUGUCUCGGAUAUAGUCAUGAUUACUGACGCUAGCCAGUGGGAGUUUGUAAACGCUGGCACAUGUCGACAUGUUUACUGAUAUGACCAGUUCAUUCUGUAAUCUCACCAAUGGGAUAAUACAUUGGUAAUUACUGACGCCUGUCAGUGGGAGUUUGUUAAACAUUGAUACUUUUGUAACCCUGCCAAUGGGGUUAAACAUUGGUUAUUACUGACGCUUGCCAGUGGGAGUUGUUAAACACUCGUACCAUUACUGACGCCUGCCAGUGGGAGUUUGUUAAACACUAAUCAUGACUUAUAGACGAGACUACUACUGAAUUUGAUUCUGCAUUAACUGUUUGUCAUUAAACGCUUUACUAUUAAACUGAAUUUGAUUCUACAUUAAUGGUUUAUCACUGAAUAUUUUGUACGUUAAACUGUUUAUCAGGCAUGCUAAAAUUUUUCCCAAGGGUUAUCCAUAUUUUUACUUAUUGAGAUAUUUUAUCUCAUAGUUUUCCUUGUCCACCAUUUCAGGAUGCGAAACCGAGGGAAGUGACAAGGUAGAAGGCUAGCCAUUCUAAUUGGAUAUAAGUUUUAGAUUUUAUCAUCCUUUGGUAAGGUAGAUUUUAUUCUUGAGAUUUUGUGAUUUAAAUAAGUUUCGAGCCUUGUGCACUUGUGGGACCCGUCUCACGAGUGCACGGCGUCUGCCACGUCCCCGGAUUUGGGUUUUGGGAUGUGACAAGCAAGCGUCAAUAAUAACCAGUGUUUAACAACUCCCACUGGCAGGAAUCAGUAAUAACCAGUGUUUAAUAAACUCCCACUGGCAAGCGUCAAUAAUUACCAAUGUAUUCGCCCAUUGGCAGGCGCUAAUAAUUACCAAUGUAUUAUCCCAUUAGCAGGAUUACAGAAUGAACCGGUCAUAUUAGUAAACAUGUUGACAUGUG